CUUCAUCAGAGCACAGCGAAGGCAUUUGCGUUUUUUUUUUUAAGAAAAAAUUUAAAUCACAAUCAAGCUCAAAUUCAUAUCAGCGAAGGCAAGAACACGAAUACCUUCGGGAGCUGCUGGCCGCAACACAGGAGUUGUAAGAACAAGGAGAGUGGGGAAUUGUGUACACCUGAUAGGUAUCGGAUGCACAUAUCUCUGGGUCUGGAAGACGAAGAUUGCAAGGUUUGUCAUGCAUAUCGUGGAUUACACAGGUGGACUGUAAGCAAGACAAAUUUUGAAAAAGCUUCUAUAAUUUCUCUUCCGCAUGAGAGACUUGCCUUUUGAUGUGUGGCAAGAAAUGAGCAGCUUUGGCGGUUUGAUGCAACACAGAUUUUUUGCACGAUUCAGAUUUGGCAUGACAGACUCGUCGAACUCUUCCAAUUUCAGACAUGUUUGCAAUGCAUAACAGAAGCAGUAUCCUGUGCAAAAGUCUCGCACUCCUGUAUACAUUGCAAUCUUGCAUGCCAGAUCUUUCUUUGCCGACUGAGCUUGCAUGAUAAUUCGAGGUUGUCCUGGUGAUCACCCAGCUGGUUGCUAUCAUGCAAUGUAUACUGACGGGACGCUUGUGUACGUGCAUAAGCCCUGGAACUGUACCAGUCGUGGAGUAG